AUGGUCAUGCAAUAUAUCCGUGAUGGAUUAUGUGGCAAAGAUAAAAAUGGGAAAAUCAUCCUACCAGAUGGAAAAUGGAUUCCUAGGACACUCCCAGGUAAAAUUAUGAAAGAGCAGAUUGACAAUUGGCAUAUCUUGAAUCCAGGACAGAAGCAUAAUGCUAAUCCGCACAUUGCCACUCACUUAUUUGAGAUCAAAGAUGCUGCGGUUAUACAAUUUGAACUUCAUCCAGAAGUCUUAGAGAGCAUUUCCAAAGUGGAAGAGAUCAAAGAUGAUGAGGAAGAUGGCAACAAGUUGAAACAGCUGCAUGCUAUUGAAGCACAUGCUGCUGAGAUUUGCAAACACAUGGAAAAGAAGAAGAAGACAGUCUGCUUUGAUGGUGCGGAGUUUCCUAAGCAACUGGAUAUCACCAAACCUCAAGCAUCUACUCCUGUAUCUGCUGCAUUAAAUCCAACUACCACUUCACCGUCUGAUACCACAGCAAAAAGCUCUUCAACCCCACCAUCAGGAAAAACCCUUUUGCUAUAUAGCGCUAUAUAG